AUGCCUUUCAAAGGUUUCGCGCAGCUAGAAAACAUUUGUAAAGCGUCUUCAGAAGUUGCUGCACUUAACUUUACUUAUCAUAAUGCGCGUUUAGCUGCUCUUUUAGAGUCUGGCGGGAGUAAAAAGUCGAUUCGAGAUGCUGCGCCCCACGAAAGAAAAUUGUUUACUUUUGUAGAUGAACUCGGAACAAAGUCUCGACAGGAAUUAGAACAACCUACUCCUUUACGUGGUCCUGGUCCUAUAACUGUGGAUAAACUACUCCGAGCAGCAAACGUGCUAGCUCAGAUUUGUGAUCUUCAGGAUGUAAAGGAAAGGAUUGAAUCUUUGGCACAACAAUAUGAAGAAAUCACUUCCUCAAUCGAUAGUUUGGAAUCCAUCAAGGAAAAGCAAAGAAUAAAUUUUGAAAAACUUAAAUUGGCGGUACAGGCGAGGAGUUCGAAACGGUCAAACGAAUGCAUAGUUAAUUCAAGUGAAGAUGAAUUAAAAACCCAAAAAUACCUAGAAGAAAGGGUCAAAUCAUUAGCACUACAACAUGAAGAGAUCAUAUCUUCAAUCGAAAUAAUUAAUUUGGCCGAGGAUGAAUUUAAAAACCAAAAAAGUCCGGAAGAGUCAUUUUCGGCAUCGGCCCUCAAUCAAGAUCAAGGAAAAUUCAAUGAGUUGGAAUAUGAUAAUGUUAUCAUCAAGGGCAUAAACGAUAUAAUGAUUAAUAAUUGUAUAUUCAAGCACGAUCAAAGGGACACAUCAAUUCCUAUUCCCUCACAACAAACGAUAUUAGGUGCGAUGGUUCUGCAGAUUAUUCGCGAUACGAAUGAGCUUACUCUUAGCGAGCUCAAGAUCAAAAUUGGAGAAUUUUCACGUGAAAUUGGAUUAUCAGAAGACCAAGGUGUCCGUGCUAUUUAUACUCUACUUGCAAAUAAACUCAUAACUAUUGACCGAUCAAAAGGAAGUUAUCAAUCGGUUCGAUCAUUCUAG